UUUUAAAAGGAGUGGCACAGAUUGAAGUGCGGCAUUCACGUGUGAAGAGAAGUCCAACCUCACGGCAACCAUGACCUUCAACGGCACCUGGAAAGUUGACCGCAAUGACAACUAUGAGAAAUUCAUGGAAAAAAUGGGCAUCAACAUGGUGAAAAGGAAGCUGGCCGCUCACGACAACCUUAAGGUUACCAUUGAACAAACCGGAGACAAGUUUAAAGUUAACGAGACCAGUAAUUUCAGGACACUGGAAUUAGACUUCACUCUGGGCGGUAACUUUGAAUACAGCCUCGCUGAUGGAACAGAGCUAUCCGGUUGCUGGACUAUGGAAGGAGACAUGAUGAGGGGAACAUUUAACAGAAAGGACAAUGGAAAGCAACUGCUAACCACAAGAGUCAUCCAAGGGGAUGAACUUGUACAGAGCUACAACUAUGAAGGUGUGGAUGCAAAGAGGAUUUUCAAGAGGGCUUAGAAGAAACUGGUCUGUUAAUCUACAAUGCAAGAAAUGUGGGACUGCCAAUGCUUUACUGAGUCAUCCAGCUGUAUCACAAAUUUACACCAUGACAAAUACUAAUAUUUCCUUUACAAAAUACAUGUCUUUAUUGUGCCUAUAUGUGAAAGCAUUUUAAACUGCACUGGGGUUUGCAACUCAAAGUAUCAAAUCCCAGUGGUUCUGCUGUCUAUUUUGUAUUUUCUGAGUUGAUAAUAUUAAAUGAAACAUUUGCAAGUCGGUGUGCUGUUUGAGGGUUUGUGCCCAUCCAAAAAAGAUAAAUAUAAAGACUCAAUUCUAAUCACAUUUAAUAAUUCCACUUUUAUUCAACAAUAAAUAAAAAUAAAUAUGCAAUAAGAUCUACAAAAAUAUAACAUGUAGAGAGUUAUAUUGUGCAUAUUUCUUUCAUAUGGUCACCUUUAAAAAAAAAUCCUUGCAUUAAUUGAAGCACCAACAACUCUAUUCAGCAUUCAUUUAAGGCCAAGUACUGAGUGCACACAAAAGUACAACAAAUAGGAUUUUGCCAAUUGUAUAGGUCCUACACAGGCUACAGAAUACUAUUAGUCAAUGUAUACAACCAAUGACAAAACGUAUACAGCGUGUCUUUACCUUGAGGGAUGCUGUAAUGCAUCCUAACUUUGCAGAGUAUGCCGUGUUCCCCAAGAUUACAGAGUACAAGGUAUAAAUGGAUGCAAAACUAUCUGUGGUGGUAGGUAACAUAUUACAAAAAGAAAGACGUGUCAUUAAAUACACUUCUACGGUACAUAGUGCCUUAACUGAAAGCCACCGACUGUUGGUGCAUGAGGAAAAACAUCA